AUGUCCAAGUCCAAGAACCAUACCGCUCACAACCAAUCUAGAAAGGCUCACAGAAACGGCAUCAAGAAGCCUAAGACCUACAAGUACCCAUCCUUGAAGGGUGUUGACGCCAAGUUCAGAAGAAACCACAAGCACGCCUUGCACGGUACCGCCAAGGCCUUGGCCGCCAAGCGUGCCGAGAAGAAAUAA